AUGGUCGUUACAGCAGUCAUAACCGAAGAGACCAACUGUCUGCGUCUCAAAGCAGAGAAGCCCAUUCUCGAUCUCCCACAUGCCGAUACGACUACCGGACGCGUCGUGCCCAUCAAGCACGCGGAAGGUAGCCAGGUAGACUUUGGCGCCGAGAUCUACGGCAUCGAUUUGAACAAUUUCACGGAUGCAGACUUUGAGUUCGUUUCCGAUGCGUUACACAAGUGGAAACUGUUGGUGUUCAAGGAGCAGCCGCAGAUGCUGAAGCCGCAGCAGCAGUAUCUUCUCACUGCGAACUUCGACCGCGAAGAAACAACCGGUGGCUUCGCUCACGGUCACGACCCUUUUCUCACCCACCACAACGGCGUCGACUUCUACGGCAUUCCUAAGCGUCCAGCAAUCCCGGUGCAGCCACAAGUCCAUAUCCUUGGACGCGGGCCUGUCCCAGAAGGGCACUUUGGCUUCCCACCGGGCUUCGAAGUCCAAGGUAUUGACCACGAAGAGUUCCAUCUUCCACCGCACAUUCCAGCGGAAGAGCGCGAGGCCGGCGCCUCGCGGUUCUACCAAUGGCAUUUCGACGGAUCUUUGUAUGACAUUCCUCCUCCGCGUGUGGGCUGUCUCUUGGCUGUUCGAACUCCCAAGGGUCCAGAUGUGACUGUGCGAUGGGAGGAUGAGGCCGGAACGCAGAUGAAGAUGGCGCCGGGAGCUACGGCGAUGGUCGCUGGCAGCCGUGCGCUGGCGCUACUCGAUGAGGAGACACGGAACAUCGUCCUGAACAGCAAGAUAGAGUAUGCGCCGCACGCCUUCGUCUGGAUGUCCAAAGCGCACAGUACCCGGCUCGGCCAUUCCCUCGAAACCGAAGGACUAGAGAAGUCGCUGGACGAGCUGCCGAAAUGGGAGAAGAGUAAAGUCUGUGUGUACCCGAUGGUAUGGACGAAUCCGAAGACUGGUGAGAAGUCGCUGCAAGUGCAUGGUCAAGGCGCAUUGAAGCUGCAUCUCAAGAGCAGCCCGGGUGGGCCAGAGACGGUUGUUGAGGACUUGAGAGAGGUCAGGGCGUUCCUUGAUAAACUCAUGCGACCGGCAUUGCAGCCCGAGAACAUAUAUGCGCACCCGCAUCAGGAGCAGGAUGUCAUCUUGUGGUACAACCGCGCGCUAUGGCACAGCAUCACUGAGUUUCCAAAGUCGUAUGGGCCGCGUGUGAUGCAUCAGUGCAACAUUGCGGCGAGCGAUCAUCCUUCGGGGUGA